UCGCAGUUGCCGUCCAUGAAAGCUCCCGAACUCAACCCCUUUAGGUGACCUCAGCCAAAGCCCCAAAAAUGGUAGCAAAAGCAAUCUCUUCUUCUCUCCUUCUGCUAAUCAUCUUCUUCUUCUCUUCGCUAGCAGCAUCCCAAAUGACUACAGAGGAUGGAGAAAGGCAAAUUCUCCUCCGAAUCAAGGAGGAUUGGGGAAACCCUUCGGUUCUCAGCUCUUGGAACGAUUCCACCCCCAUCAGCCACUGCAAAUGGACCGGAAUCCAAUGCUCCUCUGAUGGCUCUGUGACCAAUAUCUCACUUGUCAACCAAAACAUCACCCAACCCAUCCCAGCAGCCAUAGGCAAGCUGAAAAGUCUCUCUUUCCUCGACCUCAGUUACAACAACUUCACCAGCUCCUUUCCCACAUCCCUCUACAACUGCUCUAACCUCCUGCACCUGGACCUCUCCCAGAACUACUUCGUAGGCGUGAUCCCCCCCAAUAUCUACCGUCUCUCAGCCCGUCUCACUCACCUCAUCCUCUCAGCCAAUAACUUCACUGGAGACAUUCCGCCCUCCAUCAGCCGGCUCUCGGCUAUCGAAUAUCUCACUCUCGAUAACAACUUCUUCGAUGCGUCCAUCCCAGCCGAGCUCGGCAACCUCUCAAACCUCCAAACCCUCUCGCUUGGAUAUAAUCCCUUCUCUUCAGCAACGAUCCCUUCAACCUUCCGCAAUUUGACUCGGCUGAGCACGCUGUGGAUUCGCCAUUGUAAUUUGAAGGGCGAGAUCCCUGAAUUCAUCGGAGAGUUGACGGAGAUGACCGAAUUGGAUCUAGUGGAGAACUCCCUCAGUGGAAGCAUACCCGCUGGAGUCUGGAAUCUAAGGAAGUUGCGGAACCUUUAUUUGUUUGCAAACAACCUAACUGGAGCGAUCAACAUCGACGGACCAAUUGGCGCCUUGGGGCUGGAACAGAUCGACAUCUCGAUCAAUCAAUUAAAUGGAUCCUUCCCGGAGGAAUUCGGCAAGCUUCAGAACCUCGCUAUCCUUUUCAUGUUCGACAACCGGUUUUCCGGCACCCUACCGGACAAAUUGCCACCGGGACUCACGUGGCUGGACAUCAUGAACAACAAAUUCUCCGGCAACAUUCCAUCAACGGCAAAAAGUUUGCAGUCCCUUAUAGCGGACAACAACUUGCUAUCCGGCAAUGUUCCAGCUGUCUUAACCGGAAUCUCCGAACUCGUGGAGCUAUAUCUGGGAGGGAACCAGAUCUCUGGCCAAAUCCCGCCAGGGAUAUCAGAGCUGAAAUAUCUGUGUUUUCUUAGUCUCAGAAGAAACCGUCUUGUGGGCAAGAUUCCUGCAGCAAUUGGGUCCUUACGGCAACUCAUCUCACUCGACCUAUCGAUUAACCAACUGUCCGACUCAAUUCCGCCAGAGAUCGGAGACCUCAAGCUCGGGAUGCUCGACCUCUCGUCCAACCGGCUUUCAGGCGAGAUCCCGAUCUCAUUGCAGGACGCAGCCUACAAUCAAAGCUUCCUCUCAAACCCCAGCCUCUGCACUUCCAGUGAGCUCUUAAACGUCCCCAUCUGCAAACAUGGCUUGCAAUGGAAGCUCCGUAUGAUGCUCAUCGUUCUCGCUUCACUCGUCUCCUUGAUGGCCACUGUCUUCGCUGCGUUCGCAAGAAGAGGGCGCCAUGGGAGAAGCAAUGGCAGAGUUCUACCCACGCGGAAGAUGAUGUCUUUCUAUCCGUUGGAUUUUACCAAGUCCACCAUCCUGAGUGGGCUUACGGAGGACAACCUUAUCGGGAGCGGCGGUGGUGGAAAAGUAUAUCGGAUUGUGCUCGAAAACCACGUCGCACAGAUCGUGGCCGUUAAAAAGAUAUGGAACAGCAGGAAGCUUGAUUCCCAACUCGAGAAGGAGUUUGAAUCCGAGGUCCAAAUCCUAGGCUCAAUCCGGCAUGCUAAUAUUGUUAAACUACUUUGCUGCGUCUGGAGCGUCGAUACAAAACUGCUGGUGUACGAGUACAUGGAGAACGGGAGCCUUGAUCGGUGGCUUCACAAGAAGUGGAGGGCGGGGGAGCAAAUCGAAGGGAUGAACUCUGAUCACCUACCUUUGUUAGAUUGGUCCACCAGGCUGCGGAUUGCUGUUGAUGUGGCACGAGGAUUAUGCUACAUGCACCACGGUUGCUCCCCACCUGUCGUGCACCGAGAUGUGAAGUCGAGUAACAUAUUAUUAGACUCCGAAUUUAGAGCCAAGGUCGCUGAUUUCGGUCUGGCUAGGGUGCUCAUCAGGCUUGGAGAGGCCAACACGGUGUCGGCCGUAGCGGGAACAUUCGGUUACAUGGCUCCCGAAUGCGGAUACUCAAAAAAAAUAGAUGAGAAGAUGGAUGUGUACAGCUUUGGAGUGAUUCUUUUAGAACUAACUAUCGGAAAGAAAGCAAAUGAUGGUGGAGACUCUGGUAAUCUAGCAGAGUGGGCUAGGUACUGCUUUCAAGAGGCUGACAAGGUGAUCAAUGCUAUAGAUCAGGACAUCAAGAACCCAACAUACGUAGAGGAGAUUGCAUUUGUCUUUAAAUUAGGAGUCAUGUGCACUAGCCCAUUACCUUCAUCAAGACCUACAAUAAAGGAUGUAUUGCAAAUAUUAUUACAUCGUCAACAAACUGUUUCAAAUGAUACUAUAGUGUGAAUGAAAAGAUGAUGAUGGAGCUCUUACCAUUACAGCUGGCAAUGGGCAUCUCAUCUAGACCAACCGUGGGUUAUCAUACCUAUAAACAGAUCUUUUAUGCACGUAGCAAUGAGUGAUGGAAGCAUGUUAAGGCUACAUCAAUAGGUGAGAGUCUAUAUGUAAGCACAGCAUUCUCCAUGUCAAUUAUCUCCCCUGAUAAACGUUGUAUAUUCUCUUGUAGCUGUGCUCUUCUUCAUUGUACAUUAGGCUUUUUAUUAAAUAUAUUGGGUGACUAAUGGUUUAA